AUGAAUGCCUUUGUGAAGAGGAUUCCCAGGUCAUCAAAAUCUGCAAGCAAUCAUUCUCAAGGCACUCAUGGCAGGCCGGCCAAGAGGAUAAAGGUCCAGCAAAGCAGCACCCCGGCGCCAGAUGAGGGUGAUGAGUCAUUCAUAACUGAUGAUGAAGAUCCUGAUGAUGGCUCCCCUCGUAAAGACUCGGCGGUGAACGGGGAUGAGUUAAAACAAAGACCAACAAGUCCUGAGCCAGAUCCGAAUCAGGGUAAAACUCCAUUUGAAAGCUCGCUCCCUCCAAUCAAAACCGAGCAGGAUGCUAUCGAGGAAUACGAAGCAUUCCGCGCCUCUCAGCAGAGCCAGGAGCCCGAGACUGCGGCUUCUAGGCUAGAAAAUAGGAACUGGGUCAGAGGCAGGAGCUCCAUCUAUGUCGAUGCGUUCAACCUUGCACUCGAGACGGUCAUUGAAGACGAGUCUGACCUUUUUGAUGAGAACGAAAUGGCCGUCUUUGAUGCCUGGAAAGCCCUUGACUAUGAAGCUCAGUAUUUAUAUGUCCGACUUUUCCUGAGAAAGACUGCAGCCUGGCAUCGUGCGGAUCGUCUUGGCUACUACUCGGACAUAUUGGAUCCUGAUGCUGCCAUUGCAUCUCUACAAGAAACGCGAAAGCUUCCCUGUCGCGAGAAUGAGGAGCCUUGCCCUAGUGGGCAGUCCAGCAUACCCCUUCAAGACUGGUCGCUGACUGGGUCCUUUGCAUUUGCCAACUCAUCUGAGGAUACAAUCGACACUGUGCAGGAGGCCUUGUCUCUUCUGAGUUUGGACGAGCUGAAGACCCUAGCAAAAGAAGCCAAGGUCAAAGGCGGCAACAAGGCGCAAAUACAAAAGGCACUCUCUCUCAUGAGCACCCAGCAAGUCUCACUCAUGUCUGUGGGCCUGCGUCGAUCCAACACCACAGAUUCCACCGGCGUAGUAGCCUCGCCGAAGGAGCAGUCAGAUCUCAACACCCCCGAAGAUGGAACUCCGAUUCCAGAAGAAAAACAGGGUGCUCGGUUUCUCGACAAAGUCUUGGCUAUCGCUGGGCCCUGCGUUCGCCUGUCGCCCUUGGUAUUCAAGCUAUUCGAGCGAGUCCACUUGGUCUUCUACAGGUCGACGGAAUGGACGGAGAAGUCUCUGACCACCAUCAUUCUCUCCAAGAUAUCAAAAAGAAAUUUUCCUGAAUAUAUCGUCUGCAGAUCUACCAAUAUAUUCCUGUCACGCCAUAGCCUUCUGGAAUUCGAGCAGGCGAUGAGAAUGGAGUUUGAAAUUGACAAAAUCCUUGAAAGUGGCCCGCCGGGAGAGGAUGGCUUCCGGAAAGUCUUGGCUCUUUUUGGUGAUAUCGAGGAGCGAUGGCGUGAGCUUCUUCAAGAGGAGCAGCGCAAAGAAGACAGCGUUUACGAUACCGGCGAGGGCUGCUAUCUACGCAGGUUCAGCGCCGGUCAUGCUUUCACGCGCAUUGCGCAUAAGGCCGCAUAUGUCCACGGACGUCUGCACCAGCAUGCACAAGAGCACUCGCUGCUUUCCCGGCUCCUCGAGCAGCGGCUCUUCCAUCUGGCGAGACGCGGUGCUUGGUAUCAAAGGAAGGCUCUCUUGGAAGAGCACUACAUGGCCGACCUCGAUGCUGACCAGACUGGAGGUAGUGACCCAGAGCAGCGCAGGAAGCAUUGGCGGCGUAUUGCAGUCAUGACCUGUGAGCAAGCUCUAGAAGACAACGAUUGCCACCUGAUUUAUCAUUACGACCUGCAGAAGAGACUUGUCAAGCUCGAAAAGAAGCUGAGGAUACCAAAACGUCUACAGCACGACUUUGGGCAUGUACGACUACAGUCACCAGAGGAGCAUACUGUUUCUGGCAUCCAGGUGAAGAGAGAAGAGUCCGGGCCGGGCAAGAUGGGACGAGGGCCCAGCACCAAAACAAUAUGGUUAGAUGAGCAUGAAGACGGCGAAGAGUGCUCGGUGGAGGAAAUGUGUCUAUCACACUACCGGACACAAGGUUGGAAGGGCUACCAUGCAGAGGGAGGCAUCAUCCGAACGCUCUUCGCCUAUCUUUUCUACGACAUUCUCUUCCUUUACAUUCCCAAUGUAUUCCAGACAGCCUAUCAAACCUGCCCGCUGGACCUGCACACGGACGCCUUCUACCCGGCCCGGGCGAGCGAGAUCAACCACCGGCUGGCGGAGAUCGCCAACGGCGGCGCGGCAUCCAUACUGCGGGCAGUCGACUCGGCCCACCGCGAGCGACGAACCUGCGUCGUGGGCCUGAACUGGGACUUUGCGAUCGAGGACCUCGUGGAGCUGGUCGACUGCUUCCGGGGCGAGGCGCUGGCGGCCGUCUGCAGGGUCAUGGCACAGGAGUACAGGCAGCGAGGGGGCGGGAUCCCGGACCUCGUGCUGUGGCGGACGGAGCCGCGCCCCGAGGUCAUGUUCGCCGAGGUCAAAAGCGCCAACGACCGGCUGAGUGACACGCAGAGGCUCUGGAUACACGUCCUCACGGGCGCAGGCGUCCGCGUCGCCCUGACUGCUGCUGUCGCCAAGGAGGUCAGGCAAGGUUGA